GCCACAUCUCUCAUCGCGUCAAAUAUGUCUUCCUCGUCGUCUCUGACAUUGAGCACCCUACUGUCAACAUUACACACACACCUUAACGCCCAAACCCAACUUUUGCCGACACUCCAUGUUCAACUCGGCUUACCACAAACCGCCCUAGAAGAUGAACUCCAAACAUUACAGCAUACCCUGACCAAAGCCGUCGAGUCUCAGAUAGAAGUGCGGAGGAAACAAGUAGACGAUUGGAUAGGAAGAUGCGAAGGAGUGGAGUCUGGUUGCGCUCGGUAUUCGAGAGCGCUUGGUACACAUGCUAAAGUUGCUGGAUCGCUCAGCGAUCUGAAAGCUGAGAAGGUCUUGCCGAGGAGAUAUGAAGGAGCUACCGUGUACCAGGAGAAACUAAGACAAAUCUACCAUACAAAGCUCGAGCAGCUUACAACAUUGACCAAUCGCCUUAAUGCCCUCGCACGGACUUUGGGCUCCCAUUUCUUUCAACCUGAUAUUUUAACCCCAGCAGUCGCUGCUGCCGAGGAACUAGACGACUCUUCAGCACUGCGAAACGUUAUGCCUGAACGUUUCUCCAAGCUCGAGAAGGAGCUUGUACGAGGAAAAGGCGAAGUGUCGAAACGACUAAAUCAACUGGGUGAAGUCUUCACCCAGAUCGACUGGCUUUACUCAGAACUAGGCAUCGAUUCUCCCGCACCCACUGUCACUCCAACGGUUGCUACUUCAUCUUCAACGCUCGCUGUACCAAGAUAUUCCCUGCCACGAUCUUCAUCCGCCGGUAGCACCCGUCUUAAUCCCAACGCAGAUCCAUUCGCAUCGUCAACCAUCGGACCAUCAACUCCUACGCCCUCAUCUCUUGGGACAUCCGAUAACCACUUGCUUUGUCCAUCGUCCUCACCCCCACACCACUCCACGCCCCUUCCAGAAGUCCCCGAAUUCCCCGACGAACGCGAAUACCUCAGGUCCCUCGGACGUUUCAUCGAAUUACUCGACUCCUCACCACAAGACUCGUCACCUGGACCACUCCUAAAUUCCUGCGGUGUCGAACCGACGCAGGGGAUUCUAGCAUGGGCUAAUAGACUGCACGCGGAACUGGCUGAGCUCAAGAGGCGGCGAGAAGUGCACAUCCAAGCUAUGUACGAUCAACUGGAGGCGCUUUGGCGACGUAUGGGCGUGGGCGAGGAGGCUAUGGACGGUUUUGUCGAGGCGAAUCGCGGGACGACCCCUCCUGUGAUUCAGGCGUAUGAAGAGGAACUAGAACGCAUGAUUGAUUUGAAACGCGAGAGAAUGGGCGAAUUUAUCGCUAAUGCUCGUACAGAAAUCGAAAGCUUGUGGGAGGAGCUUAUGGUAGGAGAAGAUGAGCGGAAUGAUUUUGCGGCGUUUGCUGAUGAUGAACAUACGGAGGAUUUGCUGAGCCAGCAUGAGCACGAGAUUGCCCGCCUGAAAGCGGAGGUGCGACUCAAGAUGCCACUGCUGACGUCGAUCAGGAAGUACAUCGAGAUUUGUGAUGAAGAGAAGGAGCUCGGGCGGGUCGCGAGCGAUCAGACGCGCCUUCUAGGAAGGGGCGGGGGACGAGAUCCGGGCAGAUUGCUUCGGGAAGAGAAAAUGCGAAAGAGGGUUGGGAAAGAGAAACCCAAGCUUGAACAACAACUACUGUCGUCGUUGCCUACAUGGGAGCAAACGCACGGACGAGCUUUCCUCGUACAUGGCGAAAGCAUGCUCCAGCUGUUGAUGGAGAAUGCAUCGUCGAACGAACAGGAGAACCGCAAGAGAACGCCGACAUCUCAGUACUCUAUGCAAGCGCUCAACAAGGGGGCUUCGCAGGGCCUGAAGCCCGCCGCUACCAGCGGAGCAAACGGCGCUUCCAAAGGAGGUUAUGUCCCUGGCAAAUCCAACGCAGCUCACCACGGCGUAGUGACACCAGCCGUCCGGCCAGGAUCCUCGAUGUCUUCGAAUACCCACGGAACCAAUAAACGACAGAAACUCGCCGAUGGCGGGCAUCAUACCGUAACACGUCCAACAUCUCCCACAAGGAGCCGGACACGCAGCGGCAAUUCAACUCUCCCCCGUCCAGCUACUCAAAACGCGCCUCCUAUGCCUUCACACUCGAAGAACACGCAGGGGUACGCCGCACUAGGAUGGGGCCGCAAUCCUUCAACGAUGCCACGCUCGACGUCGCAAACGAGCCUAACGAGCGGUCAUCUGGGCUCGAGCGUGAGCUCACACUAUCUUUCGAGCUCACGAUCGUAUAAUUCUGGCCCGAUGGCGUCCAGUUAUUCCAAGGAGCCAGCAGCUAAAAAGACGAUGGGUCGCAUUCGCAAGGAAAGCUUCAAGCCGCGGGCGAGCAUUGAUGGCGGUAGUGGGGGUGCUGCGGGAUGGAAGAGUGGGUUCCGGGGGAUGAGUGUUGCGGAGGAGGAUGGGUGCUGA